AUGGGGAAUUCAUAUGCAGGGCAGCUGAAAUCUGCUCGCUUCGAAGAGGCCCUCCACAACUCUAUCAAGGCCUCCCUACGCUCCAGCAGUGGAGACCCACAGCCCAUCUUCACUCAGCUAUACCUGGAGCCUGUCCAUUAUCCUGGCAACAUGGAGGAUAUAAAGCCCAAGGUGGACCUGUACCUGCCGUGCGGGAAGCCUCCAGGUCAGGAUCAGCUGAUCGACCAGGCCUCUAACGGUCUGCAGGAGAUGGAGGUGGACGGCAACUCUGACACCAGCAGCCCCCCGCCGCCCUACCUACAUGGUCCCUCGCCCGACAGCUGCUGCACCAUGGACGGUUUCUGUCAGGCCGGUAGGGACCUCCGUCUGGUCUCCAUGUUGACAGAGCCAAUCCAAGUCCCAGCUGGCUUUGAGUUAGUCGGUGCCAAGUCCCCCAGCAUCCCAGAGCACAUACUGGUGUGUGCUGUGGAUCGACGCUUUCUGCCUGAUGAGAAUGGGAAAAAUGCACUUUUAGGGUUUUCAGGGAACUGUGUUGGCUGUGGAGAGAAGGGGUUCCGGUACUUUACUGAGUUCUCCAACCACAUCAACCUGAAGCUGGCCACGCAGCCCAAGAAGCAGAAGCACUUAAAAUACUACCUGGUGAAGAACUGUCAGGAUGCUCUGUGCAAAGGACCCCUCAUCUGCUGGAAAGGUGACGGAUGGCAGACGGAUGGCUCAUGUAUCAUUUCUGUGCCCACAGUUCUGAGAGUGAACAGUCCGACUAGCGGACUAGGUGCAGAGGGCCGCCCCCCCUUACUGAGUCUCUCCCAGGUGUCUCUGGGAACCCAAGGACAGGGGUACAGAACCUCAGACCCAGGAGACAGCCCUGUUUCGUCUGCCAUGACCUCAGGCCCGCCCAAGAAGCGCCACCGUGGUUUGCACCCCAUCCCCCUGGUCCCAGUCCCCCCUACAGCCGUCCCUGUGCCCGCCAUCCAACCCAUCGUCUACUCCCCAGGCUCUGUACUGGCCAUGCCUACUACUCAGCCACCUGUAGCAGGGGUCCUUCAGCCCCAACCUGUCACUGCCGGAGAGACUGUCAUUGUCCCCAACAACCUGCUCAACACCUCAGGAGUCCGUCCCAUCGUCCUCAUCGGGCACGGUACGUUGCCAUACUUCUACGGGAACAUCGGGGACAUUGUGGUGAGCCCCCUGCUAGUGAGCUGCUAUAAGGGCAACCAGCUGACUGAGAAGACCUUGUCCAGUCUUGGACUGAACAGUAGCCAACUGCUCAGUGUGGAAACCGUAAUCCUCCUCACCCUGCAGUACCUUGCAAGGCUAGGUUCGGAGCAGAUCCCUCUGAGGGAGGUGUUUGAGCAGAUCGUGCUGAAGGCCAUGUUGAUUUGUCCUGGAGGUCCCUCCAUCUCCCCGGCCCAGCUUCCCUGGCUAGCCCGUCUGGAGGCCAGCGUCUCUGGGGGCAGGGUUCAGGUCCUAGUCACUCAAAACUCCCUGGGGGAGGGCAUCUCCGAGUCCCUGCGCUCACUCUGCAGUGGGCCGCCCCACCAACAGUGCCUGCCCACCUACGUGGUUAUUGUUUUUGCCUCCAAGAUGAGCGGCAACGAGUUAUGUGUGCUCGUCCUGGGGAAGUACCAGGCGAGAGCACUAGCUGAGGGAAUGCUCACCACCAAUGAGUUCCUGAAGGAGAUCAGCUACGAGCUCAUAACAGGAAAAGUCAGUGUCCUGGAGUCUAACUUCAAAACCACAUCACUAGGGGACAACCUGGACAAGCAGCUGCUACACAUCCAGCGGCAACUGAAGGGCCAGGUCAUCCAGCCAUUCCAAAGCGAUGUCACCAACCACAUCCCGUCCCAGGAGGCAGCCACCAUGGUACCUCCCUCCGAGUCAGAGCUGCUGAGUGACAUGUUUCAGAUCCACUCUCCCCAGCUGAGUGUAGCCAGGAGCCUGCUCUCCCUGGUGUGUUCCAUAGCAGACUCAGGCAGCCAGAGUCUGGACCUGGGCCGCUUCUGCAAGGUGGACUUCCUGGUUCUGGUUCCUCCGUCUCACAUCCUGGUGAACCAGACCGCUCAUCGCAUCCAACAAUCAGGAGUGCUAGUGGACCUGGGUAUAGAGGAUGCUUCCUCAGCCCACCAGAGGUCAGACCAGUAUGUGGUGCGUCUAGACGGAGACUUCCACGCCAAGAUGGAGGCCUUCAUGAGGAAAGUCAAACAGAACCCCUACACCCUUUUCGUGCUCAUCCACGACAACUCCCACGUGGACCUGACCAGUGCCCGGUCCGGCUUGGUGUGCCACGGGGAGCUUCAGGGUAUAGCUGACAGGGUGGUAAACUGCCAGGAGGUCCUGGAGGCCUUGAACCUGCUGGUGCUGCAGGUCAGCUGCUUCCCCUUCGCCCUGCAGACAAGACAGUCCCGUAUCAGCGUUCACAACGAGGUGCACUGGCCAGCCAACACAGACAGCCUGAUUGUGUUGUUGCUGCAGGCCUGGCAGGGAUGUGAAAAUGAGGACUGGAUCCCUCAAACCUUUGAGGAUCUGGAGGGUCUUCCCUGCGUCGUCAUCCUCACUGGAAAAGACCCUCUGGGAGAGACCUUCCCAAGGUCCCUGAAGUACUGUGAUUUGCGUCUGAUCGACUCCAGCUACCUGACACGUAUGGCCCUGGAGCAGGAGGUAGGUCUAGCCUGCUCCUACGUGUCCCUGGGGAUGGUGCAGGAGCCCCGCAAGGCAAUGGCCCCCAGGGACCAAGAGACAGACAAAACCAGCGGCCCCCAGGGCCCAGACCUUCACGUUGACCUGGAGAAGUCCCAGAGCAAUGUCAGCACUGCUACUAAAGCCUCAGGCUCUCUGGCAGAGAACGGGGUCAGCUCUUCUGACAUCCCUGACUCCUCCCAGAAGCCCUCCACCUCCUCCUGCCCCCCCGGAGGCAAGGCAGGCAGCAUCAUGAUGGACUACAGGACAGUUCCGAGCACGACCUCAUCCUCCCCCUGCCGGGUCAAACAGGAGUGUGACUCCCUGGGUAAUACCGCCCCCUGCCCCUCCAACACCCCUCCCUCCUGCUCCUCCUCUUCCUCCUCCCUCUCCUCCUCCUCUUCCUCCUCCCUCUCCUCCUCCUCUACCCAACGCCCCAGCCAGUCCACGCAGUGUGGCGGGGGCAGCAAGUCCCCUCUAGUCUCUCCGCGGACUGUCAUCCUGUCCCACGCAGCCUACAACCUCCUGGCUCCAGAAUCAGGGAGCCAGCUGAGCUCCUUCUCCCUGCUGCCUCACGCUGAUGUGGGCUGGAGCAGCCUGCUGAGGCCCCUCUUCAGACCUAACCUCCAGGGGGCAGAGCAGAGCCUCUUCUACAGACAGUGGACCGUAGCCGGGCAGCACCAUGCCGACCACGAGGCUCCCCCAGUGCCACACGCACGACGCCUGCUGCUCAGUGGACCCCCGCAGGUGGGGAAGACCGGUGCCUACCUGCAGUUUCUACGCAUCCUGUUCCGCAUGUUGAUUAGACUGCUGGAAGUGGAUGUGUACGAUGAAGAGGAGCUGGAGGAAACGAUCACAGACAUGUCUGAGGCCACACCCCCAGCCAGGACCCAGUGGCCAGACAUCGAGGAGAUCCGCAAACUACCCUUUGACCUCUUCCCUAGACCAGACCCUAAGUUCAGAAGUGCCAGUUCCGUUUACACUGACAAGAUGCCAAAGGGCUUGAAAGAUCCUAAACUGGAAGGAGAGAGCCAAAUGCCUGUAAAGAGGGAGACUGUGUCGAUUCGGCUGAGUAUGUUCGCGGCCCACAAUGCAUUUCACCAUUGUGAGCAGUGUCACCAUUAUUGUGAAGGAAGCCCUGCCACACAGCUGUCGGAGUGUACCUUCCACGCCUUCACAUUCUGCUCAUCCAUGCUGGGAGAGGAGGUGCAGCUCCACUUCAUCAUCCCCAAGGCCAAGGAGCAGCACUUUGUCUUCAGCCAGCACGGCAGGCACCUGGAGAGCAUGAGGCUGCCCCUCGUCUCUGCGCAGGACCCCAGUCUGUUGAAGAGCCCCAUCUUCACCCCGACCACGGGGCGUCAGGAGCUCGGCCUUUUCAACAUUUUCCACGCCAUGGAGGGCACCGCCCACCUCCACAUCCUGGUGGUCAAGGAGUACGAGAUGCAACACUACAGGAAAACAUGGCCCAACCACAUCCUGCUGGUGCUGCCAGCCAUGUUGAACAGCGCCGGAGUCGGCGCAGCUCGGUUCAUGAUCAAGGAGCUGUCAUACCACAACCUGGAGCUGGAGAGGAACCGUCUGGAAGAGCAGGGGGUCAAGAGGCAGGACAUCUGGCCCUUCAUAGUCAUGAUGAACGACUCCUGUGUGCUCUGGAACGCACACCAGCCCCAUGAUAUGGCAGACACAGGGCCCAGUCUGACCAACGUGUCUUUGAAGACGGUGCUGCAGCACAUUGAGGCUACUCCUAAGAUCUUCCUGUAUACCAUGUGUGGCACCCGCAAGUGGAGCAGUGCCCUGGCCCGCCGCCUGCCUGCCAUGCCCUUCUCCCGAUGCCACCUCCAUGACUUUGUCAUGCUCAAUGUGGACCUGACACAGAACGUACAGUACGACCUCAACAGGUACAGCUGUGAGGAGGUGGACUUCAACCUGAGAGCCAACAGCAGUGGUCUGCUGCUCUGUCGUUUCAACCACUUCAGCCUGAUGAACAAACACAUCCCCUUUGGAGGACACAAGGACUUCCUGGUCAAACCCAAAUUCACAGUGAUGGAGAAUCCAGCCCCCAUCAGCCCGUACCAGUAUGUCUGUGCCCCAGACAGUGAUCACACCCUCCUGGCUGCCCCGGCUCAGUUCCUCCUAGAGAAGUUCCUCCAAAGCUGCAGCCACAGACUGUUCCCCAAGGCAGUACAGAACAACAGCAACCCUGUGCUGUCCAUAGACAGUUUCCUCAACAUAGGCCCUGAGGUGUCAGUAUGCUACGUCAGCUCCAGGCCACACUCCUCUAACCUGGACCACCAGGGUCUGGUCUUCAGCGGCCUGCUGCUCUACUUGUGUGACUCCUUCGUUGUCUCUGGCCUCCUCAAGAAGUUUCACUUCAUCAAAGGUGCCACAUUGUGUGUGAUCUGCAGGGACCGUAACUCUCUGCGUCAGACCAUCAUGCGGCUGGAGUUGGAGGAUGAGUGGCAGUUCCGCCUGAGGGAUGAGUUCCAGACGGCCAACUGCAGCGAGGACCGGCCCCUCUACUUUCUCACCGGACGCCAUGUUUAACCCUGAGACUGAUGCCAGACCUGCCCAGGUGCCCUCAUGUUCCAUAGACCCUAACCAGGCAGAAGGAUAACCACCAACCACUGAUCUCAGACCAGUUAACAAUCACAAUUAUUCUCUGUCUGUCAGAGGAUCAGAGAGAUGUAUUGGGGCACACCCAGGCCCCAAGUGCCCUGUAUGGACACGUGGUCAUCAUCAAUGUGGAUGUAACUUCUCCUUUACGCUCCUCUACCACGCUGCACUAUGUUCGGAUGAGCCUAACAUUGUUCAGCCAGAGACUCUUAACUGAGGCUUGUGUUGGAGUCUGUCCCUGAUCUGAGCCUGUUUGAAAAUCAAAGACUUUGCUGUACAAAAAUCAGCGUUAUAAUUAAUGAAAUUUUUUAUUUCUUGAUGUAAUUUCUUUCUGCAAAAAGAUACUCUCAUCAUCGAUAACGGGACUUAAAAGGUUGUAAAAACUCAAAGAUUGUAAACAUGGAUCUGUGACGAACGCAGUUCUUGUUGGUAUGUCUUGUCGUAGACGUACGCUUUAUCUCAGGGUUUUUAAAGUGAGAGGCAACAACGAGUAUUCCGUCACUAGCUACUGUUUUUCUUUUUCGCCCUCAGUGUCGAUUGUUGUUACU